AUGGCGUCGUUGCCAUCCACUCUCGUCCUCCUAUCCACCCUCCUCCCCCUCCUCUUCUUCCCCUCCCCUUCCGCUGCCAACGAGGGCAACAUCAUCGUCACCGGCGACGUCCUCUACACCGACAGCCAACUCACCAGCCCCAAUUCCGUUCUCGUUAUGCAAAACGACUGCAACCUCGUGCUUUACAAUCCCAAAGGCUUUCAAUCCGGCACCAGCGGUUUCGGCCCCAACUGCACCGCCGGCUUAACCGAAUACGGCCAGCUUCAGGUUAAAAACAGCCUAGGCACGGUCAUAUGGACAUCCGACUCCUCCGGCCCCAAGGGCAAUUACGCCGGCAUUCUCCAGCCCGAUGGCCGUUUCGGUAUCUACGGCCCCGCUCUGUGGGCCAUUCCCCGAUUCAACAAACUUAGCGCCGAAAGCAGCGCCGAGGAGCAGAAUAAGAUCGAUAACCAACCGAACGUGCCCAACCUGCUGUUCUCUUCCGAGAUAUUGAACGAGAAUUCGACGCUGGUGAGCAGGGACUACACAUUCGGAGUCAAGCAAGGGUGUGUCCUGGAGUUCACCAAGGCUGCCGUGGGCGUCACCUGGUCAAGCCCGGCAGGUAGGUAUGGAAGCAGCAGCCGCCAUUGCUAUGCGAGGCUCAAUUUCCUGGGGCAGCUCUCCAUCCUCGACGACAACAACAGAGUCGUGUGGCAGACCAAGCCGGCGUUGGCGGAGGGAGUCUACGUUCUUGUCGUGAAGAUUACGGGCGAAGUUGCGAUCUACGGCACACGGAUCUGGCUUAUCUAA